AUGUCGACGGUCAAGCGCCUCAAGCACCUCAACCAGGACUAUCCCGAGCCAGAUCCAGCGGCUCCAUCCGUCUUCCAACGCGACAUCUACGCCUCCCUGCGAGCGCCAUCUUACUCCACCAAGCCAGCACAAUGGGAAGCCGCCGCCAAAGCAUCCGUUCCCGCCUCCAACUUCGGCUAUGUCUUUGGUAGUGCCGGCACCGCCUCGACCCAUGCCGCCAACCUGUCUGCCUUCCACAACUACCGGCUGCGCCCUCGCAUGCUGGUCAAUGCCACCCGAAGGGACCUCUCCGUCAACCUCUUCGGCACCGCCUACCCACACCCCAUCCUUGCCGCCCCAGUCGGCGUCCAGUCCAUCAUGCACUCUGACGGCGAAGAAGCUACGGCGCGCGCCUGUGCAAACCUUAAAGUUCCCAUGAUUCUCUCCACCGCAGCCACCCGAUCCAUUGAGCAAAUCGCCGCUGCCAACGGCAACGGCAAGCGCUGGUACCAGCUAUACUGGCCACGACCGCAGCACGAGGAAGUCACCGCCUCGCUACUCGGCCGCGCCAAGGCCAACGGCUACGAGGUCCUGGUGGUGACACUCGACACCUUUGCCCUUGCGUGGCGUCCAACCGAUCUGGACGACAGCUAUCUACCCUUCAUCUACGGCGAAGGCUGUGCCAUUGGCUUUACCGAUCCAGUCUUCGACGAGAUAUUCCAAGAGCAGCAACAGGAGGCUCGUCUUAAUGGUGGCCAGAAGCUACGCGAGGUAAUGGAUAUUUUGCGUAGGCCCGGCAGCGUCUUCGGCGCGGCCAAGGUUUUGCGGAAUCUCCGCAACAUGCCCAAGGCGCGGGAGUGGCUGUCGGUGCUCAACUCGGGCACUUACCGGGAGUGGAAGCACUUGGAGAUAUUGCGCGGCCUGUGGGAUGGCCCGAUCGUGUUGAAGGGGAUCCAGACGGUCGAGGACGCACAUUUGGCUAUCGAACAUGGUGUAGAUGGGAUCAUUGUAAGCAAUCACGGCGGUAGGCAGGUUGAUGGCGCGAUUGCUAGUCUGGACGCACUGGCAGAGAUUGGAGCCGACGAGCGAGUCAAGAAGAGUGGCCUGACUGUCCUCUUCGACAGCGGGAUCCGAACAGGAAGCGAUGUGCUGAAGGCGCUAGCACUGGGUGCGAAGGCUGUCUUGAUCGGGAGACCCUUCAUGUACGGGCUGGCUAUGGGCGGCCAGGCUGGCGUUGAGCAUGUGUUCAAGUGCCUGCUGGCGGACACGGACAACAUGCUCGGAAACAUCGGGAAGAAGAGUCUGGGCGAGCUGAGUCGACAUGACUUGCAGGUCCUGAGGAGGGAGGCGAGAUUGUGA